AUGAGGAGGAAUUUGGCAACAUCAGCAUCCUGCGUCUGCCCCCCGACUUACUGUGGCUCCCAGAUAUUGUGCUGGAGAACAACAACGACGGAUCCUUCCAGAUCUCCUACUCUUGCAACGUGCUUCUCUACUCCUCGGGCUAUGUCUACUGGCUGCCGCCCGCCAUCUUUCGCUCCUCAUGCCCCAUCUCCGUCACCUACUUCCCGUUUGACUGGCAGAACUGCUCCCUUAAAUUCACGUGGUGAGAAGACAUCCGUAGGCAUCUCGGUGCUCUUGGCUCAGUCCGUCUUCCUGCUACUUAUCUCCAAGCGGCUUCCCCCAACAUCCAUAGCCAUCCCCCUCAUUGGCAAGUUCCUCCUCUUCGGCAUGGUGCUGGUGACCAUGGUUGUGUUGAUCUGCGUGGUUGUGCUCAAUAUCCACUUCCGCACACCUAGCACCCAUGUGCUGACCGAGGAUGUCAAGAAGCUCUUCCUGGAGACCCUGCCCAGGCUCUUACACAUGUCCCGACCAGCAGAAUCUGAGCCAGGCCCUGGGGCCCUCAUCCGGAGGACCAGCUCCCUGGGCUACAUCUCCAAAGCCGAGGAGUACUUCUCGCUCAAAUCCCGAAGCGACCUCAUGUUUGAGAAGCAAUCAGAGCGGCAUGGACUGGCCCGGCGACUCACAACUGCAUGCAAGCCCCCAGCAGGUUCCGAACAGGACCUUUUCAACGAGCUGAAGCCAGCUGUGGAAGGGGCCAACUUCAUUAUCAACCACAUGAAAGACCAGAACAAUUACAAUGAGGAGAAGGACUGCUGGAACCAAGUGGCCAGCACUGUGGACCGUCUCUGCCUAUAUAUCAUCACGCCCAUCAUGUUGCUGGGCACCGCCUGGAUCUUCCUACAGGGUGUCUACAAUCAGCCCCCACCCCAACCCUUCCCUGGAGACCCCUUCUCCUAUCAGGAGCAAGACAGGCGAUUCAUUUAA